AUGUUUACCGGUUAUUUAUUACUUGUUUUAUGGAUUAUUACUUUGGUUCAUGGUGAUGGUAGUAAUGAUGACCAAUACUGUGAUGAUACAGGGUGUUAUCCAAUUGUUUGUGAUUCCGAUGGGUGUUAUGUUGAUUAUGUUGUUACAGAGACAAAGGUGAAAACAUAUACUCCGCCACCAAUAACUUCAGAAAUUUGGGUUACUGUUCCUGCAACAACUAUAACCACUUGCUAUAACUGUGGUUCAGACGACGUUAUUGUGACAGAAAAUGUAACUUCAACUUUUGUCACUACCCUUCCAGAUUCUACAGAGUUUACCACAGUAGUUGACACUAGCACUACACAGAGUACAUUAACUUCUUGUGGCCAUGUAUGUACAAAGACUUCGGGAAACUCUAGUAGCAAAGACAUCUUGUCAAGUUUAACUAUUUCACAAUCGGUUCAGGAGUCGGAAUCUAAAAGCAACCUGAAAAGCCUUAUUAUUAGAACGAAAACAGAAACAGUUCAAGAUACAACAACUUUUCCAACAGUGACAGAGUCAGUUACAUCAACUACCACUGAGUUUCAUACAGUAAUCGAGUAUACUGAUAGCAGGUCCGAUACAACUGCAACCACUGAGUACACUUUUUCUCAAACAAAAAAAACACAAACAGUAAUUGUCACUAAAGCGACUACUACAACUGUUGGAAGCCAAACCCAAAUUUAUACAGAAAUCUAUUACAUCACAACCACAGAGACGAUUAUCACUUGCCCAGAUCAUGAUUUUGCAACCACAUUGACUGGAACUGAAACAUUUGUCCCACCAACCACAGCACCAAGACCGAUUGAAACUCCAACACCAGAACCAUCAACUACAUCUGAUAUACCAUCAAUUACUGAAGAUUCUACCAUUACUUCCGUAGAAACAACUUCUACAACUGAAUCAUCAACUUUGCCUUCUAGUAUAGAAUCUCAAAGUUCAUCAUCAUCAGCUACUACUUCGGUUUUAGAUACCAGUAUUACUUCAGAAUCAAGCUGUUAUUCAUCAUAUAUUGAGCAAUCCACGUCAACUCAAGAAUCUUCUAGUAUUGUGAUUUCUUCAUCUAGUUCUAUUGGUUCAUGUAUUAGUAGCUCAGUUAGUGUUUCGAGUUUAGUCGCAGAUUCAACAACUAGUAGUGAAUCGCUGUUUAUUUCUGCAAGUGAUUCAACUUUGAUGUCAUCAUCAGAAGAAGAAAUAUCAUCCAGUUUUACCAAAUCAGGAAGUUCAAGUGGUGUAUUGUCAUCUAGUCUAGGUGAACUGCUGACAGCUGAACAAUUAUCGAGUUCUAUUGAUGCAACCUCAAGCGUAGAAGAGACAACUAGUAGUGUUGUUUCAACGACUUCUACUUCCAAUGAGAGUACAACAAUUGACAUUUCUUCAACAAUUAGUGAAACAUCCUCUAGUAGUGAAGAAGCUAGUUACUCCAGUGUUUCAGAAAAAACCAGUGUAUCAAGUUCAAGCAUUGAACUGUCUUCUAGUGACCAAGUUUCAAAGUUAUCAUCGUCAUUGCCAGUGGUUCCCACUUCCAGCUUAAAUGAGUCAUCGACUGAUUCUUCAAGUGUUUCCACUUCAAGCCAAAUUACUAGUUCUAGUGAAACUCCUUCGUUAUCAUCAGACUUCAUUAGUGGUUCUAUACUGGUUAGUUCUUCAAUUCCUUCAUCUUCUCAGGCAACUUCUUCUAUUGACUCAACAUCGUUAUCGGUAUCUUCAAUCACCAGUUCACAUUCAAUACCACCACCAACUUACAUUUCUUCAUCAACAUCUAAAUUCGAAACACAACCAACCCCAAUCAUUUCUUCUAUUUCACCAAUUACAACAAUUUUGUCUACUUCAAUUACUAGUCAUGAUACAAAUUGUGAAGCAAUAAUCACCAACAUUUCCACAAAUACCAUAAUUGAAACAAUUACUGUUAAUGGGAAUAUAACAAUAUAUACUGAGACUCAAUUAUCCACAUAUUUAACAUCAAAUACAAAUAUCAAUUGUCCUAACACAGAGAGUGAUAGUAUUGAACAAAAAAAAACAACUACUACAUCAACACAAGUUAUUCCUACUGCUACUAUUGAACAAACUUAUACAACUACUCUGAAUGGAUCAAUUAUUGUUUCUACUGAAACUUCAACAUUAGAAACCACAAUAAUUAUUACUCAUUGUCCUGAAUGUACUAUUAAGUCAUCAAUUAUUAGUGGAUAUAGUUCAACUUUAGAAGCUGAAUCUAGUCAAGUUCCAAUUAUCGAAUCAAAUUCAAUGGAAUUGUCUGGUUCUACAUCUUCAUCCACGAUUAGUGAAUCUUUGGAAUUAACAACAUUUACAUCAAUUGUUUCUACAACUAGUGAAUCGAUUUAUACUACAACUUCAAAUGAAUCGAUUUUUGAAAUCACAACAACUGUGACAAAUAUAGAUACAAUUGUGAUAACUACUUGUCCAACUAUUAUUCCUACUUCAUUACAUUCACAAUCGUAUUCGACUAGUGAAAGUAUCUUGUCAUCAUCAUCAUUGGUUGUACCUCCUUCUUUAUCUAUCUCAGAAUCAAGUGUUUCAACUGAUGAAUCUGUUUCAACAAGCAAUAACCAAUCAUCAUCAUUUUCAACGGAACCACCAUUAAGUUCAAUUACAAUUACUGAAACAACAUCAAGAACGACAGAAUCAUUAUAUACAACAACAUCAAAUGAUUCCACACAUAUUUUCACGACUACAAUAAUUGAUGUUCAAACUAAUACCAUUAUUACAUGUCCAUUAUCAUCAUCAUUAUCAUCAUCAUCAUCAUCAUCAACAAAAAACGUAUACACUUCUGAUAGUGAAGCAUCAACUGUAUCUUUUUCAUUGAUUAAAUCAAAGGAUAUUGCAACUAGUACUACAACUUCAACUAUUUUUCAAUCAACUAGUACAGUUACAGUCGAUCAUCAUUGUUCUUCAUGUUCAGAAAUGGUUUCAGGUUCUUCUUCUGUAGCUGCUAAUGAAUCAACAUCAAGUGUUAGUUCAGUGGAAACAGAAGUCACAAGUACCAACAGUACCAGUAGUACCAGCAGUACCAGCAGUAGCAGUUUUUAUUCAAGUGAAUCUAAAUCCAAAUCAUCAUUAAAUAUUAUUCUGAUGGAGUCAUCUAGUGAUUCGAUUGUAUCAAUAAGUCAAUCACAUGUCACUCCUGUUUCUACUAGUUCUUUGGAAACAACAAUGGCUGCAAUUUCACCAACAAUUUCAUCUAACAAUCUUUCUUCAAGUUCAUUAGUUGUUACUAGUGUUGAUGUUCCAGAUUACGUAUCACUGAGUGUUGGCACUUCUUCAUCAUUAUACGUUAAAACUAGUCUGAGUGGAAUUGUUAGUACAGUUACGGAAUUAUUUACUGUUAGUGAAAAUACAAGUGGAAUUACUACAAUUGAUAAUACUUCAAUAACAUCAGAAAAAGUUAAAGAUAUAACUACUACUAGUGAUACCAAUUCAUCAUCAACAACAACUUCAAUUUUAAGUACUAGUGCUAUCACUACCACCAAUACUAUAUCACCAUCUCUUGAAUCAAAAAUCAGUUUAUCCGAUACUACAACCUUAACUUUGACUAGUACAUUAACAUAUUCAAUCAAUUCAAAUAAUACUAUGAAAACUAGUUCAUUGACUACAAUAGGAUUAAAUUCAUUAUCAACCAUUAAUAAUUCUACAUUUACAAUUAUACCAACUAUGAAUAUACCAAUAACUUUUGAAGGAAAUGCCAACAAUUUACAAUUAUUGAAUAUUGAUAAUACUUGGAUUAUUGGAUUAAUGAUUGGAUUGUUUAUGAUUUAA